AGCCGGAAUGUUGAAGCGGCGCAGGAGAGAGACCAGCAUCUGACUGCCCUGCUUCCAUUGCCUUGUUCUUCAGGAAGAAGCUCUUCUCCUGUCGUCCGCCUCCAAGAUGGGGCUGCUCAGCAUCAUCAGGAAGAUCAAGCGCAAGGAGAAGGAGAUGCGCAUCCUCAUGGUGGGACUGGACAACUCUGGGAAGACGACCAUCGUGCUCAAGAUCAACGGGGAGGACACGAGCGUCAUCAGCCCCACCCUCGGCUUCAACAUCAAGACCAUCAAGUACCACAAAUACUCUUUGAACAUAUGGGACGUUGGAGGACAGAAGACUAUCCGGUCUUAUUGGAGGAAUUACUUUGAGCAGACUGAUGGGCUAGUUUGGGUGGUUGAUAGUUCAGACAUACGAAGGCUUGAUGAUUGCUGUGCUGAACUCCACAAUCUCUUGAAAGAAGAGAGACUUGCUGGAGCUUCAUUGUUGGUUUUUGCAAAUAAGCAAGACAUACAAGGAGCUCUAAAACCUGCUGAAAUUGCUAAGGUUCUCAAUUUGGAAGUGAUGGACAGAAGCAGGCACUGGCGAAUCGUGGGCUGCAGCGCUUAUACCAGCGAGGGGCUUCUCGAGGGGUUUGACUGGCUGGUCCAGGACAUUGCUUCUCGGAUCUACGUCCUAGACUGAUAAACUGAUCUGUUAAUCUGUAGCUUAGUGUGUCAUGCUGUCGAGCAUCAUCAGAAUGUGAAAGUUCAGCUGGCGUCUAGUUUGUCACGCUGUUUAGCACCGACCAGAAUGCGAAAUGGCUCACAGCUGGUGUUUUGCGAAUGGUUUGCUCUCCUCUCGUCGUAGCAUCGCGCAAAUUUUUCCUUGUCAAGGAAUAUCUGAGCCUGUCUCCUAGGAUCCUAGGAACUGUGAGAUGAGUUCAGUUGGAAACUUGGAAGUGUCACCAGCUACACCCAUCUGGUUUCUGAUGACGAUACCUCUGCCAUUUUUAACUACUGGUUU